AUGAAGCUCUCUUUCGCGGCCCUUGCUCUGUCAUCGAGCAGUUUCCUCGUCAAUGCUUUCCCUGCUCUGGACACUGGACACCUCGAUGGCCUUACACCUGAGAGAUUGAGUGCUGCUAUUAGAUCAGUUGAUGAGUUCAAGGCUACAAAGAGGUUUCUCGUAGACGUCACCAAGCCUAUCGAAAUCACUGGUAGACACGCCUUCAAAGCGCCUGGCAGAUUCGAUCAACGUGGACCUUGUCCUGGCCUAAAUGCGUUGGCGAACCAUGGUUACAUUUCUCGCGAUGGCAUUACCAGCUUCGCAGAAGUUGUGACAGCUGUAAAUCAAGUGCUGGGCAUGGGCAUAGAGACUGCACUCAUACUUGGUGCUAUGGGUACUGUCUGGACAGGCAAUCCACUUUCGUUGAACCCGGGUUUCUCGAUCGGCGGCGCGGCCAAUGGUCCCGACAACAUCUUAGGAAAUGUUCUUGGCCUCCUUGGUGAUCUUCGUGGCCUUCAAGGUUCGCACAACUGGAUCGAAGCCGAUUCUUCGCUCACGCGCAAUGACCUCUACGUCACUGGAAAUGCAUGGACUAUGAACACGACGCUGUUCUGGGACUUUCACGACCGUGCUGACGAAAACGGUGUUCUUUCAAUGGACCUGUUGGCGGACCAAGCUGCCCGCCGUUGGAACGACAGCGUUUCGACGAACCCAGCGUUCUGGUAUGGCCCCGUUACUGGCAUGGUUGCCCGCAACGCCGCUAUGUUUUUCCUUGGGCGUUUAUUGUCAAAUCAUACUGCCGAGCACCCUGAGGGUAUCCUCACCCAGGAUAUCUUUAGGAAGUUCUUCGCGGUUUACGAAACUGGAGAUGGCAAGUUUGAGUAUCGUGAGGGUCACGAGACUAUUCCUGCCAACUGGUAUCGCAAGCCAGUAGAAUAUGGCCUCGUACCUCUGAAUUUGGACAUCGUUAGCUGGAUCAUGAAGCAUCCUGUUCUUGGCAGCAUCGGCGGCAACACUGGCACUGUCAACUCCUUUUCCGGUCUUGACAUGCACAACAUCACUGGCGGCGUGCUGAACUCAGUAUCUCUUCUUGAGAACAACAACCUCUUAUGCUUCGUAUUCGAGGUACUCAAAACCUUCCUCCCCAACUCGCUCUCUCCGCUAUUGAAGACUCUGGAAGUCCCGAUCAAUUUGAUAACGGACACUCUGGCAGCGCCUAUCUUGAGUCUAGCAUGCCCAGCCUGGAAAGACAUGACAGCUGGUGGUGAACCACUGUGGGAUGCUAUUCAGCACUCGUUCGAGGGGGCGAGCAAGGCAGGAUCUGGUCUGUGA